AUCAGCAGAUCAUUAACCAGCCAGCUCGAGUAACCAACUGGUAGCAGAUCAAGUCGUAGUAAGCUCGAUCGGUCGGCGCUCGAGACUUCACUGCGAUAUAUAACAAUGGCGGCGAUCGGCGGCGACGACGCGGCGGGGCUCGUCGUGGUGGUUGGCGACGGCGCCGGCGACGACAACAUCAUCCUGAACCCGGAGUUCGACGACGGGCUUGACAACUGGGCCGGGAACGGGUGCAAGAUCGAGCUGCACGACUCGCUGGACGACGGCAAGGUGCUCCCGGCCAACGGCAAGUACUUCGUGGCCGCCACGGGGCGGACCGACACGUGGAACGGCGUGCAGCAGGACGUCACGGCGCGCCUCCAGCGCAAGCUGCUCUACGAGGCCACGGCCACCGUGCGCCUCCACUCGUCGGCGGCGGCCGUGGCGCCGUGCGAGGUGCGCGCCACGCUCGGCGUGCAGACUGCCGACGGCAGGCAGCAGUACCUCGGCAUCGGCAAGUCGCAGGUGUCGGACAAGGAGUGGGUGCAGCUGCAAGGGAAGAUCCUGCUCAACAGCACGGUGGCCAAGGCGUCCAUCUACAUCGAAGGGCCGCCGGCCGGCGUCGACGUGCUGCUCGACAGCUUGGUGGUGAAGCACGCGCAGAAGGCACCGCCGGCGCCGGCACCGGACUUCGAGAAUCUUGAGUACGGCGCCAACAUCAUCCAGAACUGCAACCUGGACGACGGGCUGAACGGGUGGUUCCCGCUGGGCCCGUGCACGCUGUCCGUCCACGACGGCGGGCCGCGGGUGCUGCCGCCCAUGGCGCAGGACUCCCUGGCGCUGGGCGACGAGCCGCUCAACGGCAAGCACAUCCACGUCACCAACCGCACGCAGACGUGGAUGGGCCCCGCGCAGAUCAUCACCGACAAGCUCACGCUCUACGCCACGUACCAGGUCUCCGCCUGGGUCCGCGUCGGCGGCGCGGCGGCGCCGCAGACCAUCAACAUCGCCUUCGCCGUCGACAGCCAGUGGAUCAACGGCGGCCAGGUCAUGGCGCGCGACGAGCGCUGGUACGAGGUCGGCGGAGCGCUCCGCGUCGAGACGAAGCCGGCGUCGCGCGUCAUGGUGUACGUCCAGGGCCCCGACGCCGGCGUCGACCUCAUGGUCGCGGGGCUCCAGGUGUUCCCGGUCGACCGGAAGGCCCGCGUCAAGCACCUGAGGCGGCUCACCGACAAGGUGCGCAAGCGGGACGUGGUGCUCAAGGUGACGACGGGCGCCGACGGGGCCGCCGCCGCCGUCAAGGACGCCGCCGACGGCGUGGAGGUGCGCGUGCGCCAGGUGUCCAACAGCUUCCCGCUGGGCGCCUGCAUCAUGCGCACCAACAUGGACAACGAGGACUUCGUCGACUUCUUCACCAAGAACUUCAACUGGGCGGUGUUCGGCAACGAGCUCAAGUGGUACUGGACGGAGCCGCAGCGCGGGCAGAUGAACUACGCCGACGCCGACGACCUCCUCCGCCUCUGCUCCGACCACGGCAUGUGCGUGCGCGGGCACUGCAUCUUCUGGGAGGUGGACAGCGCCGUGCAGCAGUGGGUGAAGACGCUGUCCACCGACGACCUGUCCGCCGCCGUGAGCAGCCGCAUCAACGGGCUGCUCACCCGGUACAAGGGCAAGUUCAAGCACUACGACGUCAACAACGAGAUGCUGCACGGGUCCUUCUACCAGGACAAGCUCGGCAAGGACAUCCGCGCCGCCAUGUUCAAGACGGCCAGCGAGCUCGACCCGGACGCGCUGCUCUUCGUCAACGACUACAACGUGGAGGGCAUGUGCGACACCCACGCCACGCCGGAGGCCUACAUCCAGCAGAUCGUCGGGCUGCAGGAGCAGGGCGCGCCGGUGGGCGGCGUCGGGCUGCAGGGCCACGUCAGCAACCCGGUGGGGCCGGUGAUCCGCUCCGUGCUCGACCGGCUCGCCGUGCUCGGCCUGCCGAUCUGGUUCACGGAGGUGGACGUGUCGUCGGCGAACGAGCACGUGCGCGCCGACGACCUGGAGGUGAUGCUGCGGGAGGCGUACGCGCACCCGGCCGUGGAGGGCGUCAUGCUCUGGGGGUUCUGGGAGCUCUUCAUGAGCCGCGACGACGCGCACCUCGUCGACGCCGAGGGGCAGGUCAACGAGGCAGGCCGCCGGCUGCUGCAGCUCAAGCGCGAGUGGCUCACGCACUCGCACGGCCACGCCGACGAGAACGGCGAGUACAAGUUCCGCGGCCACCACGGCGAGUACCACGUCGACGUGACCACCCCCACCGGCAAGGUCUCCCAGACAUUCACCGUCGACAAGGACGACGCGCCCCUGGUGCUCAACAUUAAAGUGUGACAGCAGUGCGUGCACGUUCAAAUCAUGCAUAUAUAUAUGGCGGGAAAUACGGUGCCUAUAUAUGGCGGGAAAUCCGGAAAUAAUAUUUAUUUUACUCGAUCCCAUCCGGGUAACUACUCUCAUGAGAGGAAUAAGGGCCUGAUCAAAUUGAUCUAUAUGUAUGUAUCUUUAUUAUCGACUCGAUCGUGGUAUUUAUAUAUGCACAUGCAAGCUGUAUGUAUCACAAGUUCACAACAAAUACAAAAACGGGAAUGAAUGGCUACAUAUUGUUUUUUCU